AUGUAUUUUUUUGCAGAUGGACACGAUUAUUUCGCCGAUCUGGAAGGUCGAGAGUGUGUCAACUGUGGUGCAAUAUCUACGCCAUUAUGGAGACGCGACGGUACAGGACAUUACCUCUGCAAUGCUUGUGGUCUCUAUCACAAAAUGAAUGGCAUCAACCGCCCUUUGAUUAAACCUCAACGACGCUUGUCUGCAUCGCGAAGAAUGGGAUUAUCAUGUUCCAACUGUCACACUAGCACUACUACCUUAUGGAGAAGAAACAACGAAGGAGAACCAGUCUGUAAUGCCUGUGGUCUUUAUUAUAAAUUACAUGGGAUUCAUAGACCUUUAGCAAUGAAGAAAGAUGGAAUUCAGACUCGAAAAAGAAAACCCAAGAGUAAAGAAAGGAGUCCACAUAAAACCAGCGAGAAAUCAGGUUAG